AUGUCUCACAUCCCCGGAGAGAACCCGGCCCUCGACGCCGAGACGCGCGUGCCCAUCCUCAUCGGCACGGCCGUCGCCUUCAGCAUCGCCUCGUCCCUUGUCGUGAUGCUGCGCAUGUACACGCGCCACGCCAUCGUGCGCGCCCCGGGCCUCGACGACUACACCAUGGUGGUGGCGGCCGUGCUGGCGCUGGGCGUGACGGUGUCCACCAUCGUGCAGGCGCAGCACGGGCUCGGGCGGCACGCCUGGCUCGUCACCGACGCGGCGACGACCAUGGUGCAGCUCAAGGCGCUCUUCGCCGGCGAGGUGCUGUACAACCUGUCGCAGAUCUGCACAAAGGUCGCCUUCCUGCUGCAGUACCGCCGCAUCUUCCGCGACGCGCUCUACGGCCACACGCGCGCCGUCUGCUUCUGGCUCAUCCUCUUUUUGCUCGCCUGGGGCGUCACGCAGGAGUUCCUCGUCGCCUUUGCCUGCAUCCCCGUGUCCCUCUUUGUGCCGUCCAUGGCCGCCACCUGCAUCGAGAGCCUCGUCGUGUGGUACCUCACGUCCAUCAUGAACAUUGUCACCGACUUUGUGCUCUUCCUCGUGCCCAUCCCCGCCGUCCGCCAGCUGCGGCUGCCCCUGCGCCAAAAGGCGCUCGUCAUGUCGCUCUUCUGCCUCGGCUUCUUCACCUGCAUCAUCUCCAUGGUCCGCCUCUUCACCCUGCACGCCGCCCUCAACUCCACCGACGGCACCUGGGACAACGCCCCGACCUCCUGGUGGACCACCAUCGAGCUCAACUGCGGCAUCCUCUGCGCCAGCAUCGCCACCCUGCGGCCCCUGAUCCGCGCCCUGACGGGGCGGCCGGCGACCAAGAUGAGCGGGAGCGGCGGCGUCAGCGGCGGCGGCGGCGGCAGCAGCAGCACGAGCCGCGCGCGCAGCAGCGUCCGCAAAGGCGCCUACCCGCUGCACGACCUGCCGACCAUCAACGACAACGAGAGCCAGAGCGGGCUGAACCUGAAAGACGACGAGGAUGCGGUGGUCUUUGACAGCGGGAGCGGCCGGCGGUCCAUGACGGCGGCGUCGGACGACUUUGCCGAGACGCGGCUGCGAGGGGAGUCGAGGUGA